AGCAUGUCCGUCGUCGCACAAAAGGGUGACUCCCAACUCUCAGCGGGGAAUCCCGACGGCUCUGCCCAGCAAACCCCGCAGGCUACACGGACGCGCCUUUUGACACUCCAUGCACGACGCGUGGUAGUAAGCUCUGACUCUGAAGCUGAGAACGGUGAUGUCAAACAGGGUCGGCCAACCGCGACCCCUCAGGCAGCACCCCGGCGGAGGCUGCCACUGGACGACGAUAUCAUAGACUUGACGGAAACUGCGCCCGGCUCAGAUCACGAAUGCGAGGAGCCUCAAAACGCUGUACCUGCCAUAGACUCUGCGAAGACGAAGGAGAACACGCUGCAAAAGAAGGGCAAAGGCAAGGCGGGCUCUUCCACGACGGCCCUUGCAUAUGAGGAGGCCGAGAACAUCAUCCCGCUGUUCUUGGACGACGACAGCGACGACGACGCGGAGCAGGACAACGCCCCUGAUGACCCCUUUGCUCUCGACGACGGGUCCAUACUUGUUCUGAACGAGCCCCGCAGCGCCCGGAAGCCUAUCCGGCGUCGCCUACCCCCCUCCUCCCGCGGGAACACCUCGAGUCCAUUCACCCCCCUUCAACAAUCGCAAACUCCAGACGACAACAACGGCCAAGACGCGUCCUCAGAAGACCAACUUGACGAGGACGUGUUCGAGGCUGUCAAGCCGAAGUCCCGCGCGACGCUCGUGCUGGAGUCGAACGCGCGCCCCGCACGCCCCAGCCCAGGCCCGAGCAAGCGCACCCCAGGCGCGGGCAAGGCGCCGCGUAUGACGAAGAAACAGCAGCAGGAGGCAGAGCGAGAGCGUCUGCGAGCGUACGCGGCUGCCUUCUUCAAAGAGCUCAACGAGGGGGUCUUCGGCAGCGGCAUACCGGAGGCUACGGAACUGGUGUGGAGCAAGCGGCUUCUGACGACCGCUGGGCGUGCACACUGGAAGAGGGACCGGCACGGAGUGGAUACCACCUCGAUACAGCUCGCGGAGAAGGUGCUGGAUUGUGAAGAACGCAUACGGAACACGCUCUCGCAUGAGAUGUGCCACCUGGCGUGUUGGCUCAUCAGCGACGCGCCGGACGAACAGCAUGGGUCGAUCUUCAAGAGCUGGGCUCGCAAGGUUAUGAAGAACCGAUCCGACGUGGAAGUUACGACGAAACAUGACUAUGACAUUAACCACAAGUUCAACUGGAAGUGUGAAGACUGUUCAAAGACGUACGGCCGCCACACCAAGUCAAUCCAUCCGGAAGUCGAUAUGUGCGGCGUCUGCAAAGGCCGUCUCGUGCCACAGUUCACCACCAGAAAGCGUGCCCCAGGGACGCCCAAGGUCAAGGCGGACAGCCAAAACGCGGCGGCUCGCAGUCGAGAUUCGCCACUGCCAGCCAUGCCGGGCGCGUUCCCCGCUACUCCGGCGGUGGGCAAGGAGCCGAUCCGAGAGACUCGUGUAUCCCUCGUGGUUUCGGACGACGAUUCGGAUAUCGAGAUCCUGGCGCACACCCUCAAGGGGGUGCAGAUCACUGGCACCACCGGGGUCUGA